CUUUUUCCGGAUUGCGGUUUCGUUGGAAAUUUGGAAAAACGUAACGCGGCGAGAGAUCGGCGGUGCUUCUCCAGCCACUUUGCCAUGGUUGAUCGUUGCUCUUCGGUACCAUCGCGGUUCAUCGGCCCUCCGGAUGCCGACCUCCAGGCUUCGGGAUGCUGCACGCCGUCCUCUUAGGCAGCGGUCCCGGUCGACCUGGACCAGCCGAAUAUUCGCGGCCUGGUACUUUUCUCCUUGAAAGAGCUUCGGCACCCCUAAAGAUGAACCGCGGCGAACAGGAAACUCUGUUUCGGCAGAGCAGACAGCUCACCAGGAUCGUUCCCUCUCGCGAGGACCUCGUCCUCAGCGUCACGAAGGCUCCCAUCAAUCAGCAACAGCGUCAGCAACAGCAGCAGCAUCGGCAGCUGCAACAAAAUUCACCUCAUCUUGGAUAUCAUCCGCAAUUACAACAACACCAGCAGCAAUCGUGCGGUCAAUAUCAUCACGCCAAUUGCCAGGCGGCUCAGCAGAAUUAUAAUAAAAAGUGCACUACAGCAGGUCACGCAUUCGCCAGCGAAAAUCUUCCCCGAAGUAAGGAGCAGCAGCAUCAGCAGCCCUCGAGGUUGACGGAGAAAAGGUACAGCGCUGCCGCGGCUUACGCUGCCCUCCAGGGUAGCGAAGACGAACUCGUCGCCGGCGGAGAGACGGAAGACGUCGCGUUGAAAACGCCGGGCAGCGAAACGGAGGACACGGACAACGGGGGCGGCGACGAGGAUACGUCGCGACGUUUCACUUUCCUGCGGAGGUUCCGCAGCCCUCGAUUCGGUGAGGCUCAUCACAAACGGGUGCCGACACCGAUGAAGCGGAAACACAGGAGGAAGAAACUCGCCGACGACAUGAUCGACGACACCGUCGACGACGGCGUCGGCGAGGAGCCCAGCCCCGAUCAGAGGGGCGUCCCUGACCCCUACUACCCCAUAUACCUCCCCAUUGAUCAGGCCUUCAAGGCCAAAUACGUGUUUCAUCACAAGAAGGGGAAAACCUUUCAGGAACGGUUGUACGUCUUCCUCGAGCAUCCUGGCGGAUGGAUUUGUUUUGUCUACCACUUCACAGUGUUCAUGGUCGUUUUAGUGUGCCUCAUCUUCAGCGUACUGUCAACGAUAGAACAGUACAUGACUUUCGCUAACGAAACAUUGUUCUGGAUGGAAAUAUGUCUGGUAGUAUUCUUCGGGGUCGAAUACAUCGUCAGGCUUUGGAGCGCGGGAUGCAGGUCCAAGUACAUGGGAUGCUGCGGCCGUUUCCGGUUCAUAAGGAAACCAAUUUGUAUAAUAGAUUUGAUAGUUGUCGUAGCAUCGAUGGUGGUGCUUUCCGUCGGAAGCAACGGUCAGGUUUUCGCCACGUCGGCCAUCAGAGGUAUUCGUUUUCUGCAAAUUCUACGGAUGCUUCACGUCGACCGACAGGGUGGAACGUGGCGUCUCCUCGGUUCCGUCGUCUUUAUACACCGACAGGAGUUGAUCACGACGCUCUACAUCGGGUUCCUAGGUCUUAUUUUCAGCAGCUACUUCGUGUACCUUGCCGAAAAGGACGUUGUCGGACCCGAUGGGAAAACAGACUUUUCUAGCUACGCUGACGCUCUUUGGUGGGGCGUGAUAACCGUUACGACGAUAGGAUACGGCGACACGGUGCCGCAGACGUGGAUGGGAAAGAUCGUCGCUUCGUGUUUCAGCGUAUUUGCGAUAUCCUUUUUCGCUCUACCCGCUGGAAUACUCGGCUCUGGAUUUGCCCUGAAGGUGCAGCAAAAGCAGAGGCAGAAACAUUUCAACCGUCAAAUACCGGCGGCAGCCAUGCUCAUUCAGUGCCUAUGGCGAUGCUACGCUGCUGACAAAGCCAUAAACAGCGUCGCGACUUGGAAUAUUUAUAUCAAGGAUCCUGCUCCGGCUGGGCAGCCGGCGACGCCCCUUGGAAAGUUGAUUUGUGUAAAGAAGAUGUCUCUUAUGAUCCAGGUGGCUAAAAAAGCAAGCGUCUUGAAACGGCGCAAGUCCCGAAACCGGAUGGAGGUCCAGCAGCCCGCCCAAACCCUGCCGCCACCCCCCGUUACCGGUUCCUCAGCCACCGGAAACAACGACGUUCAGCGCCGCGACAGCGAGGGUGACGUCGUUUUUUACAUGGAGGAACCGAAGGCUGGAACGCCGAAUCGCGCGAGACGCGACAAUCGUGUGUUUCCGGUUGGCAGGGGCAGUCUUUUCACGUCACAGACGAGCUCCGUGACGGAAGCAGCGAGCGAUGAAAUAGAUAUCGACAUCGAGGAACCCCAACGCGUCACUACGUUGACGGAAGCCCACCGUAACGCGAUACGAGCGAUACGGAAGAUAAAGUAUUUCGUUGCUCGGAGGAAGUUUCAGCAAGCGAGAAAACCUUACGACGUGCGUGACGUCAUCGAGCAGUACAGCCAGGGCCACUUGAACAUGAUGGUUCGGAUAAAGGAACUGCAGCGGCGGCUCGACCAGACGCUCGGUAAGCCGGGAAGUUACUUGGCGGGAAUCGACCGGGCGGGAAACGUGAAGCCGAUGACCAUCGGGGCCCGUCUCUACCGUGUGGAGCAGCAGCUGUCGGUGAUGGACAAAAAGAUGGACCAGCUGGUGUACGUGCUGAACGCAGUGGCGCACAAGCAGCAAAUCCCAUUGAGGAGCAUAGAGGACGACGUCUAACGGAGGGCCGCCUCGGCGUCGGAAUUCGCGACGCCCGUCGUCUUCUCCGCGAUAUCGUCCCUCUCGUCUUCGGCCGCGUUGACGAUGAGCUUUAAAGCUGCUGCCUCAACGCCGCCGGAAGCGGUCGUCCUGCCGAAGCUCACCAUCACCACAGUCACACCGGAUAUGCUGAGCCAGGGCUUCUGACCGACGGUAUCG